CUGAUGUAUAUCAUCAGCGGACCGGCUGUCUCGGAAGGAGGUAAAGAGAUGUCUCAUUGACUCAGGUGUCGGGCGCAUUCAUGUCUUCUCUCUUGCUGAUCAUGGUCGGUUAAUCAAAUCUUGGACUGGAGAGAAACGACCACCGGUGGCACGAGCAGCUCGCACGCUAUGCCCGCACAGCUGCUGUCCGUCACACAAUGUGGAACAUGGCACGCCUGAAGAUGCACUGUCUCUCGUGCGGACACUUCCCAUUUUUUCUGUGUCUGUUUCUACCGACACUCUCAUCUCAAGCGCUUGGAAACAUCUAUAAGCGGUCGAUCAUGCCGCGUGCCGCGGGCCAGUCUGCGGGCCAACGCGCCGCCGCCGUGGCCCGCUCAGUCGCCCGUAUGGACGGUGAUGUGAUUAUCGGUGCGCUCUUCUCCGUGCACCACCAACCCUCCGCUGAGCGCGUGGCCGAAAGGAAAUGUGGGGACGUGCGCGAGCAGUACGGCAUCCAACGGGUUGAGGCAAUGUUUUAUACUUUGGACCGUAUCAACGCCGACACGAACCUGCUGCCCAACAUCACCCUGGGAUGCGAGAUCAGGGACUCGUGCUGGCACUCCUCCGUGGCUUUGGAGCAAAGCAUCGAGUUCAUUCGAGAUUCCCUUAUCUCCAUUCGGGAUGAUAAGGACGGAUCCAAGUGGUGUAUCGACGGGACGCCGUCCAACCAGCCUCCGCCCAGCAAGAAGCCUAUCGCUGGAGUCAUAGGUCCUGGAUCCAGCUCGGUGGCCAUCCAGGUGCAGAAUCUCCUGCAGCUGUUUAACAUCCCCCAGAUCGCUUAUUCAGCCACAAGCAUAGACCUGAGCGACAAAACUCUCUUUAAAUACUUCCUCCGAGUAGUGCCCUCUGACACACUGCAGGCGCGUGCCAUGCUCGACAUCGUAAAACACUAUAACUGGACUUAUGUUUCUGCGGUUCACACAGAGGGUAACUAUGGUGAGAGUGGCAUGGAAGCCUUUAAGGAGUUGGCAGCAGAGGAGGGUCUGUGUAUCGCCCACUCUGAUAAGAUAUACAGCAACGCUGGGGAAAAGCACUUUGACCGCCUGCUUAUGAAACUGCGUGAGCGUCUGCCCAAAGCCCGUGUGGUUGUCUGCUUCUGUGAGGGAAUGACUGUGCGUGGACUGCUGAUGGCCAUGCGGCGCCGUGGUGUUACUGGAGAGUUUCAGCUAAUUGGGAGCGAUGGCUGGGCAGACCGGGAUGAGGUGGUAGAUGGCUAUGAGCAGGAAGCAGACAGUGGGAUCACAAUGAAGCUCCAAACUGAGGAAGUGCAGUCAUUUAAUGACUACUUUCUGAAGCUGCGUUUGGACACUAAUACAAGGAACCCGUGGUUCGCCGAGUUCUGGCAGUACCGCUUCCAGUGCCGCAUUCCUGGGCAUCCUCAGGAGAACCACAACUACCAGAAAAUCUGCACAGGAAAUGAGAGCUUGAAAGACAACUACGUCCAGGACAGCAAGAUGGGCUUUGUGAUCAAUGCAAUUUAUGCAAUGGCUUACGGCCUUCAUGAUAUGCACAGAGAACUGUGUCCAGACCAUCCUGGCCUGUGUGAGGCAAUGAAUCCCAUUGACGGCAGUAAGCUGCUGGACUAUAUACUCAAGACCUCCUUCACUGGUGUGUCUGGAGAGGAAAUCUACUUUGAUGAAAACGGAGACUCACCUGGCAGGUAUGACAUUAUGAAUCUGCAGUAUGUGGAGGAGCUGGGCCGCCAUGACUACAUUAAUGUGGGUUCAUGGCACAAAGGUCUCUUGAGCAUCAGUGAUUAUAAACUCAUGGCAAACCGCACUGAGAUGGUCCGUUCUGUCUGCAGUGAACCAUGCUCCAAGGGACAGAUCAAGGUGAUCCGUAAAGGAGAAGUGAGUUGCUGCUGGAUCUGCACUACAUGUAAAGAUAAUGAAUAUGUUCAAGAUGAGUUCACCUGCAGAGCUUGUGAGCUGGGCUGGUGGCCUGAUGACGAACUGUCGGAAUGCCAGCCUCUUCCACUCAGAUACCUGGAAUGGAGCAGUGUGGAGUCCAUCAUCGCAGUGGUGUUCUCCUGCCUCGGUAUCCUGGUAACGCUUUUCGUCACCUUAAUCUUCAUCCAGUACCGUGACACGCCGGUGGUGAAGUCCUCCAGCCGUGAACUCUGCUACAUCAUCCUGGCGGGUAUUUUCCUUGGUUACAUCUGCCCCUUCACUCUUAUCGCAUAUCCCACUGUGAUCUCCUGCUACCUGCAGCGCCUCCUAGUGGGCUUGUCCUCUGCCAUGUGCUACUCUGCCCUUGUAACGAAGACCAACCGCAUUGCUCGCAUUCUGGCCGGUAGCAAGAAGAAAAUCUGUACACGCAAGCCCCGCUUCAUGAGUGCCUGGGCCCAGGUGGUUAUUGCCUUUGUCCUGAUUGGUAUGCAGCUGGCUCUGGAAGUUACACUGAUUGUGCUGGAACCCCCUGAGCCAGUGAAGAGUUACCCCAGCAUCAGGGAGGUCUUCCUCAUCUGUAACACAAGUAACGUGGGCAUGGUGGCACCAUUGGGUUACAAUGGCCUGCUCAUCAUGAGCUGCACCUACUAUGCCUUCAAGACCCGUAAUGUGCCCGCCAACUUCAACGAAGCCAAGUACAUCGCAUUCACCAUGUACACCACCUGUAUUAUCUGGCUGGCUUUUGUGCCCAUCUACUUUGGCUCCAACUACAAGAUCAUCACCACCUCCUUCUCGGUCAGUCUCAGUGUUACCGUAGCAUUAGGCUGCAUGUUCACACCCAAGAUGUACAUCAUCAUCGCCAAGCCUGAGCGCAACGUACGCAGCGCCUUUACGACCUCAGACGUGGUUCGUAUGCAUGUGGGUGACGGGAAGGCCGCUCCCUGCCAGAGCAAUAGCAUCCUCAACAUGUUUCGCAGGAAGAAGAACAACAACAAUGCAACUGGCACCACCAAUCCUAAUGGAAAGUCUGUGUCAUGGUCUGAAUCAGGUGCCAGACCCCAGGGGAGGGGGUCGAGUGUGUUCCACAGACUGUCUGUGCAUGUGAGGAGGCAAGCAGUCGGGCAGAGUCAGACGGCGGUCAUACGACCCCUAACUAAUGCCUCACAACCCCCCAACCCUGAAAAUGAUGCUGGACUCAACACAGCCCCCAAUGGCUCACACCUCAAGGACAAGGCUCCCUACAACUGCAACGAGGGGCAUGAUGGGUGUCAGCGUCCCCAACAACAACAUCAAACAAACCAAGAGGAAGGAGUACUACCUUCCUAUUCUCCCACUGACUUAAUAGACCACACCAGUGAUUGUCCACAAGGGAGGCAGAUGGAUACUCUGAGCUCUACAGUUCCUGAUUUUGAUCAAUUUGUAACUGGCACGGGUAACAAGUUGAGCCCCGCCUAUACAUCAUCUGCCAAUCAUUUGCCUCUUCCCCUGCAGGGGGAGGCGUUCACUGAGGAAGGAUCUGAAAUGGAGGCUCUCGAACUCAUUCACGGGUUUUUAUGUGAUAGUUCUACACAAGAGGAAGAGGAGGAGGAGGGGGAGCAAGGUGUAGAGGAGGAGUUAGCACAGAGUAAGCUGACGCUGCUCACUCCACCCUCUCCAUUCAAGGACUCACUGCGGCCGUUGGGGUCCAUACCUGGAUCCCCUGCCUCUGAUAAUGAACCCUCCUAUUCCCAGAAUAUGAACUACACCCCCAAACAGAGCUCUUUUACACUGUAAAAGCACAUGCUCAGGACACAAGGUACAAAUGGCUCUGUUUAUGAAUCCAUCACUACAGGAUAUCAUUCCCUUGCUUACUUGGCUAUCAAUGAAUUCCUUGUCAAUAUUAUUGUAUUUCAAAAAGCAAGAAGGACCAUAAAAUGAUCUAAUGGAAUGCCCUGUUGGGAAUAUUUUUCUCAGAGGCUGCACUGGCAGCAUCCAUUUUCCAAACUGCUGUGGAAAGUUGUAGUGCCAAAUAUCAUUGUGUUGCUGUGUCCGCAAUCUGCUGGCAAAUUACAUCACAACAGUCGAGGAGUGAUAAUGCCAGUUUGCUGCUUCACUAUUUCACUUUUAGUGUUUUCAAGUAAGAUGAGACACAGGAAAUGUUUGGUUUUAGUAUCGCUCCUUUGAUUACCAUUAUUCAAUAGUUUUCUGUAGCUGUUUUACUCAAAGUGAAACAAGCAAACCAUGUGCACACAAUACAACAAACACGGAGUUCCCCAGCUAAGGUAUUGUCCAAUUUCCUUGUGACUCACAAAGUGAUCAAAUGCAAGUUUCAGUAGUUGUGUUUAGAGAGUCAGAGACAAUAAUUCUGAUUGUAAUUUUACAUGAUUGGUAUAGCGUACUAAUUUAGUGGAGCCAAGGUAAAUAAAAAAAGAGAACACUGUUUUUCUUAACUUUAUUUUGUCUGAUGUGUGAACUCAUCCUUGAAAAGGAGAGAUGUUUUGCAAAUGUUUGUAUACUGUUCUGCCAUCUAUUGUUUUCCACACAGAUGGUGUCUUUGUAUCUCUGCUAUAUGUUUCUAUAAGUAGAAUGUGAAAUAUUUGUAAUUUGUACAAAUGUUGCUAUUUGUGAUAAAGGGACAUAUAUGGUGGUAACUAACUUUUCAGUAACUUUUACAAAUCAGAUGAUUUCUCUUUUUAAAUGUUCAGUUUUAAAAUUGUACCUAUGAGUAGUUGCUUCUAGUGGUAACUUGUAGCAUUUACUGCCAAUCUUGAGUAGGAUUAUCUCAUGAAUUGCAACUGUAACGCUUUAAGUUUCACAGUACUAUUAGAAUGCAACUCUCAAAACAACAAUAUUAUUUAAUAUAAGUAUUGUAAUUGUUAUAAUGGAUUGUAAUAUUAGGUAUUUAUAGUGUAAGUUGUUUGAAACUGAUUCAUUUGUUAAGUGUAAAAUAACUGACAGAUCACAUGUUUACAUGGUCGAACAUAUAAAUGAGGAAAAAUGCUCUUUUGCC